AUGUAUGGCUAUUUUCGUGAGACCGAUGAUUCGACAACCGUUAACUUCAGUGCAUAUGGAAAAUUUUUACCAGGGCCCAAAACGGGUUAUCAAUUAUUAACUAUCGGAGCCAAACACAUUCGAAUAUUUCGCACGAAUCCGUACCUUCUUGUCGAACCGAGUCGCGAUGAAGACGAGUGGCAGCAAAAAACCAAACUUGAAUGCAUGUUCUCAUGUAGAUUGCUCAACAAAUGUCAAUCUGUUGCAAUUGCGAGGGUUCCGCAAUUUCCCGAACAAGAUUCUAUAUUAAUGGCGUUUGAUUAUGCGAAACUCUCGAUUGUGACGAUGAGCGAAAAGGAAAGAAAUCUGCAGACUGUCUCACUUCACGCGUUCGAAAGUGAAUAUCUUCGUGAAGGAUUUACCAAAUACUUUCCGGACCCUAUUGUUCGGUCAGAUCCGUCGAACCGAUGCGCAGCUAUGUUAGUCUACGGAAAACAUAUCGCGGUUCUCCCGUUUCAUGAGAAUGCCAAACGCAUUAAUAGUUAUAUAAUUUCAUUGAAAAAAAUUGACGCCAGAUUGGACAAUGUGUAUGAUAUGGUGUUUCUCGACGGAUAUUACGAGCCAACAAUUCUCUUUUUGUAUGAGCCCCUUCAAACAACACCGGGAAGAGCGUCAGUUCGAUUUGACACCAUGUGCAUAAUGGGCGUUUCUGUGAAUAUUGUCGACCGCCAGUUUGCAGUUGUUUGGCAAACAUCAAAUCUUCCAAUGGAUUGCAACAAACUUCUUUCAAUUCCAAAACCGAUUGGAGGCGCAUUGGUCAUCGGCUCGAAUUGCAUUAUCUAUCUUAAUCAAGCGGUCCCCCCGUGCGGAAUAACUUUGAAUAGUUGCUAUGAUAAUUUCACCAAAUUUCCUUUAAAGGAUAUGCGCCAUUUUGCAAUGACACUUGAUUGCUCAACGAGCGCUUAUAUGGAAGACGGUCGAAUCGCGUUAGUGACGAAAGACGGCGAUUUGUAUCUGUUGCGGCUUGUCACCGGCUCGGGCGGAAAUUCGGUGAAAGCGUUGGACUUCAACAAAGUUUACGAGUGCUCGAUUGCCUACACGGUGACCGUGUGCGCGCCGGGCCAUUUGUUCAUCGGCUCGCGUCUCGGCGACUCGCAACUCCUCGAGUACACGCUUGUGAAAUUGGCGGCGACGAAUGGCGCGAAGCGUCAAAAAUUGAGCGACGACAACGAUUCGAGCGACAAGCCGACGUUGGAAUUCAACGAGGAUGAUCUCGAGUUGUACGGCGAUUCGAUCGACGAGCAACAUGCCAAUGAUGAGGAGGAAGUCGGCGAGACGUUGCAGUUCAAAGAGCUCGACAGACUAUGCAAUAUUGGACCCAUUAAAUCAAUGUGUGUUGGACAAGCCAAUUAUUUAAGUGCCGAUUUGGCGGAGAAAAAGAGAACCGAUCCAAUAUUUGAUAUUGUCACUGCUAGCGGUCACGCAAAAAAUGGGGCGUUUUGCCUCCUUCAGCGAACAAUUCGACCCAAUAUUGUGACGAGCAGCGCGCUGGACGGCGCCGAACAAAUGUGGGCGGUCGGGCGAAAAGACGACGAGUCCCAUCGCUAUUUGAUUGUGACGCGAUUGCGUUCGACACUUGUUCUUGAGCUCGGCGCCGAAAUGGUUGAGCUUGAGGAGCCGUUGUUCGUCUCGAAAGAGCCGACGGUGGCGGCUGGCGAACUAUUGCAGGGUGGAUUGGCGGUUCAAGUCACUUCGAUGUGUAUUGCUCUUGUCGCUGACGGACAACAACUGCAAGAAGUUCACGUCGACUCGAAUUUCCCGGUUAUCAUGGCUUCAAUCGUCGAUCCUUAUGUCGCACUUCUCACACAAAACGGCAAACUACUUCUUUAUCAGCUGGUGACGUCGCCGUUCGUCCAAUUGAAAGAAGUGAAUCUCUCAUCGACGCAAUUCGCCAACACUCUCAACACAACGCUCACCUCGAUUGCCAUUUAUAGCGACGCUUCCGGAAUGAUGGUUCUGAGUGCCGAUGGUGAAGACAAUGAGAAAGAGGCGGGCGUGUGCCAAAUCGAGAAGAAAUCGAUCGACGAUGAUUUGUAUGGAGAUGAUGAGGAUUUUUUGUUGUACGGCGAGCCGACGACAAGUGGCGCCGAUGGGAAUGGUGUAGAUCAACAAGGGGCGAAAGAGGGUGAGACGAGGAAACGAAAGAGGCUCGGGCAUGCGGCAAUUCAGUCGAGUCGAGGCGGCGAACAAUCCGAUGCUAUUGAUCCCACCAAGAGUUUUGCCAAUGUUUCCUACUGGCUUGUAUUGGCGCAUGAAAACGGACGAUUGGUGAUACACUCGCUUCCCGACCUUCGAGUUGUCUAUCAGAUUGGAAAAUUCGGAACGGUGCCGGAAUUGUUGAAUGAUUUGAGCGCCGAGGAAGAAGAAAAAGAGAGGAAGGCGAGAGCGCAACUGGCAGCGACGACACAGGAUCAGGGUACCGGUGAGCUUUUGAAGCCGGAAGAACGAGUAUUAGAAGCGCAGAUUAUACCAAUGGGAAUCAAUCAGUCACACCCAAUUCUUAUGGCGAUUAUCGAUGAACAAGUGGUGAUGUACGAAAUGUUCGCAUGCAAAAAUCGAAUUCCAGAGCACUUGAAUAUUUCUUUCCGAAAAUUACCUCAUAAUGUUUGCCUUCGAAGGACUCCUUAUCUAUUGCCGGACGGAACGCGAGCGCCGCUGGAAAUUGGUCAAGAGGGAGAGAAGAAAUAUUCGAUAAUUCAUCCGUUUGAAAGAAUCUCAUCUGUGACGAACGGCGCCAUGAUUAUUGGAUCAAUUCCGACGCUAGUUCUUUACGGAUCAUGGGGAGGAUUGCAGACGCAUGAGCUCACUGUUGACGGGGAUAUCAAAGCGUUCACACCAUUCAAUAAUGAGAAUCUACUUCAUGGAUUCGUCUAUCUGACGGCGGACUCGUCUGAACUCCGAAUUGCGCGCCUACUAUCCGAUUUUGAUUAUGAGAUGCCGUAUCCAACGAAGAAGAUUGAAGUCGGAAGGACGAUACACAACGUGCGGUACCUAAUGAACUCUGAUGUUUACGCUGUAGUGUCGUCUGUGGCACUCGGAACAAAUAAGCUGUGGGUGGUCAUGAAUGACACGAAGCAGGAGGAGGUGCACGAGAAAGAUGAUGAUUUUGUGCUGCCAGCAAUUCCGAAAUAUACACUAAAUCUUUUUUCACCGGUCGACUGGAAGGAAGUGCCGAAUACGUCGAUCGAGUUCGAGGAGAUGGAAGUCGUCACGGCGUGCGAGGAUGUCGCCCUAAAAUCGGAAUCGACGAUGAGCGGCCUCGAGACGUAUUUGGCGGUGGCGACAAUCAACAAUUAUGGCGAAGAAGUGCUGGUGCGAGGCCGAAUCAUAUUGUGCGAGGUGAUCGAAGUCGUUCCGGAACCUGGCCAGCCGACGUCGAAUAGAAAAAUUAAGGUGUUGUACGACAAAGAGCAGAAAGGGCCAGUGACGGGACUCUGCUCAAUGAAUGGCUUGCUGCUCAGCGGUAUGGGCCAGAAGGUGUUCAUAUGGCAGUACAAAGACGGCGAUCUGAUGGGAUUGUCGUUUCUCGAUAUGCAUUAUUAUAUCAAUCAGCUCAUUUCGAUUCGAUCGAUCGCGUUGGCGUGCGACGUCGAAGAAUCGAUGUCGCUGAUUCGAUUCCAAGAAGAGUACAAGGCGAUGUCGAUCGCGUCGAGAGACGAUCGCAAAUGCGCCCAACCGCCAAUGUCGGGCCAAUUCAUUGUGGAUGGUAAAAAUCUGGGGUUCGUGUUGUCGGAUGAGAUGGGAAACAUCACAAUGUUCAAUUAUGCGCCCGAAUUGGUCGAAUCGAAUGGCGGCGAGAGGCUCGUGAUGCGAGCGGUUGUCAAUAUUGGGACCAAUGUGAACGCGUUCUUGCGGGUCAAAGGGCAUACUUCAUUGCUACCGCCGUUGUCAACCGCGGAGGAGCGAGACGCCAUCGAGCAGCGACAAUCAACGCUGUUCGGAUCGCUUGACGGCUCGUUUGGGUUCAUCAGACCGCUCAGUGAAAAAUCAUACCGAAGGCUUCACUUUUUGCAAAGUUUUAUUGGAACCGUGGCCCCGCAAGUUGCGGGCCUUCAUCCCAAGGGAGCGCGUGCCUCGAAACCAGUACAGCCGGUGGUGAAUGGUCGAAAUUUUCGAAAUCUGGUCGAUGGCGACAUUGUCGAACAGUAUUUGCAUCUCUCCACUGUUGACAAACAAGAUUUGGCGAGGCGAUUAGGUGCUAGCCGUUAUCAUAUUAUUGAUGAUUUGAUACAGCUGAGAAGGAUGGCGCUGUAUUAUUAA